GAGAGAAGAAAAAAAAUGCAGGAGCGCGUUUGAGUCGGUUCCGGAGCGCGCGCCGCCAUGUAGCGAAACCGUCGAUCGUCGGCAGGAUGAAAGUUUGAGACGGGAACGGAAAGCGCGUGCUGUUUUUUUUUUGGUCGGGAGGAGGGAAAAACAUGGCUGUGCGGGAGGAAGGCGAGGUUCCGCACGGUAAAGUCAGGCACGACGGCGGCGCGGAGAGCUUCAGGAACGGCUACGUGAAGAGCUGCGUCACGCCGCUUAAGCAGGACCCACCGCGGGGGCUUUUCUAUAGCGCGUGCCGCUCGUGCAGCGACUCGGACUCCAGCUCCUCCGGGGUCGCACGCGCCUCCGCCGCCUACGCGGGAGCUUUCGCAGCGCUCGCGGCGUCCUUCUUCCUCUCGCGCCGCUUUCAAAGCGUCGAGUUGCGCGCGCUGCUGUCGGACGUCGCGAGCUCUCUGAGCCCGUUGUUCAGUAUCGGGUGCGCGCACUUCUUCCUCACCUUCUACCUGCGCCGGCGGAAGCGCGAGAGCAGUCGCGGCUGGCUCGUGGCCCUGCCGGUCUCGUGCUACCUGGGGGACUUCGCGGCGCUGCGCUUCCUGCAGUGGGGAUCCGGAGAGCAGGAAGACUCCGCCGCUGCCUCGCAUCACGUGCACACGGCGGGCCGCCUGCUGUUCGUGCUCGGUUGCGUGGGCCUGCUCACUCUGCUCCCGACUCUCAAACUCCGGCACAGCGUGCUCGUGCUGCUUUUCGCCAGCGGCGCGUGGCUGCUCGCGCACACCGGCCUGAGCUGCGUGGCAUCGUGGCUCAGGCCGCUGAUCGCGUGCGCUGCCGCCGUCACAGGCUCGGUGCUCGGCCUCGGGUUCGACCGCUCAUAUCCGCCGAGGGAGACCGCCAACCGGACAUCCGAGGAGCGCGUGCCGGUGGUGAGGCCGCGGCGGAGAUCCAGCUGUGUGUCGCUCGGAGAGACUUCCAGUAGCUACUAUGGCAGCUGGAAAAUGCCGCGCAGACCGUCAUUACCGUGCAUCUCCCGGGAGCAGAUGAUCCUGUGGGACUGGGACCUGAAACAAUGGUCCAAACCUCAGUAUCAGGGCUCAGUGUGUGGAGCAGAUCUCUCAGUGAUUAGUGAUGUGAGGAAUCUGAUCUCAGACCUGCUGCAGGACUCAUCUCUGUCUCCACACAUCGUGUCGUCAUUGCGCAGCGUCAGCAGUUUGAUCAGCAGCGUCUCAGGCUCCUGCCGGCCGCGUCCCAAUCCAUUCACACCGUUCCCAGGGUUCUACCCCUGUGCUGAGGCAGAGGAUCCGAGUGACAGAGCUGAGAGAAAGCCUGUGAAGGGCCUGAGUAGUAGGAAUAGUCUGCCCACUCCUCAACUGAGACGGAGCUCUGCGUCCUCAUCCCUCUCUCCUCUGGAGACACUCUCGUCCCCUCGCUGGGAGCGCAGUAAUGGAAAGAGAUCUCACACUGAGCUUAGUGCCGGCAGUCAGGGAUCAUUCUCCAACGGGCCAAACAGCAACCUGCUGACCAUCCCGAAGCAGAGAUCCUCCUCUGUUACACUCGCCUAUGGCCACAACCUGCCCAGAAGACCAGGUGCGUCUCCGAGUCUGAGUCCGCUCAGUUCUCCAAGUCACAGCCCCCCGUCAUGUCCGAGCUCAUCGCUGAUCACUCGUUCUCCGGUGGAGUUUCCCGACACGGCCGACAUCCUCACCAAGCCCAGCGUAAACCUGCACAAAGCACCGGGGUUUUCGCUCAGCUCACUCUGCACCAGUUGUGGGCGGCAGAUACUGAAGAGCAGCUCUAACGCUGAGGUGGGUGACGGUCACAUGACCUCGGGGCCUGACAUGCAGAGAAGACGAUCAGCUGAGGGAACGGAAUACAGCAGCGAUGGGCUGAUCAGGGAGGAGAGCGGGGAAGUAGAUGCUCAGGGAGAGGAAGCAGGACUGACUGCAAAAGCUAAAGAACGAGCUCAGCAUGAGGAAGAGGAGGAGGAAAAGCAAAGCACGGGUGUGCAGGAGACACCAUCUCGUCCUGAGGAAUUCAAGUUAGAUCCUCUGCUGGAAGACCAUGAAGCUCUGUUGGAGAAGCUCAACAACUGGAACUUCCAGAUCUUUGACCUGAUGGAAAGGACGGGAGGGAAGUCGGGACGGAUCCUCAGCUAUGUGGCCUACACUUUGUUCCAGGACACGGGUCUGUUUGAAAUCUUCAAAAUCCCCGUCCGGGAGUUCAUGACGUACUUCUGUGCUCUGGAGAACGGCUACCGCGAUAUACCCUAUCACAAUCGUGUCCAUGCCACAGAUGUCCUUCAUGCUGUGUGGUACCUCACCACCAGACCCAUACCAGGCUUCCAGCAGAUCCAUAAUGAACACGUGACAGGAAGUGACACAGACUCAGACAGUGGUAUCUCUCCUGGUCGGGUUUCUUACGCUUUGUCCAAAAGCUCCUCCAUCUCAGACAAUAGUUACGGCUGCUUGGCCUGGAACGUCCCUGCCCUCGAGCUCAUGGCACUAUAUGUAGCAGCUGCUAUGCAUGACUACGAUCACCCAGGUCGCACAAACGCCUUUCUUGUAGCUACUAACGCCCCUCAGGCGGUGCUGUACAACGACCGCUCGGUUUUGGAAAACCACCAUGCUGCCGCUGCAUGGAGCCUUUUCCUGUCUCAGCCUGAGUUUAACUUUCUGUCCAACCUGGACCAUGUUGAGUUCAAACGUUUUCGCUUUCUUGUUAUCGAGGCCAUCCUCGCCACAGACCUGAAGAAGCACUUUGAUUUCUUAGCCGAGUUUAACUCCAAGGUUACAGAUGUGAAUAGCCCAGGUAUCGACUGGACUAAUGAGAAUGACAGGUUGCUGGUAUGCCAAGUGUGCAUCAAGCUGGCAGAUAUUAAUGGACCAGCGAAAGAGCGCAAACUUCACCUGAAAUGGACAGAGGGCAUUGUGAAUGAGUUUUAUGAACAGGGAGAUGAAGAGGCUCGCCUCGGAUUACCCAUCAGCCCUUUCAUGGACCGCUCUGCGCCUCAGCUGGCCAAGCUGCAGGAAUCCUUUAUCACGCACAUUGUCGGGCCACUGUGCAACUCAUACGAUGCUGCUGGCCUCCUCCCAGGUUACUGGGUUGAUGAAGAUGAUGUGGAUGAAGAAGAUGGAGAGGAGGAUGAUGCUGAAGACACAGAGACUGACGAUGAAGACCUUGAUGAAGAGCUCCAGUUAAAGCCAAGGAAAAGCCGUCAGCGUCUGUUCUGCAGCAUUAUGCAGCACCUGACUGAAAACCACACGGCGUGGAAGCAGAUCAUCGAGGAAGAGGAGAAGAACUGUGACCUGGGCCUUCAUCAGCAGCAAGAGCAGCAGCAGGCAGACACAUUGAACCUUCCUUCUCCCUCCUCAACCUCAGAUGACAUUCAGGUCAUUGAGGAGGAGGCUGAAGAGGAGGAGCGACAGCAGGAGGGGGAUUGAGUUGAGCCGAUUGGCUGAGAAAAAACUAGGGGAGGGGCCUGAAGCAAACAAUUGACUCUUUGCUCUUUCCUCUCCUGCAUCAGAACACAGACACACAGUCCGAAUUGACACCAGAAGAUUCUGCCAGAUCUCCUGUACUGAAAUGAAUCACUGUGACGCAAAUGCAGUUCACAUGGUGUUGGAAAAAAAACAAAAAACAAACUGAAAAAAGGCCUUACUACUGUGAGAGCAUCCUAUGCACUUUCACCCCAUGGAGAAUGAUGGAGGAUGAGAAAAAGGGUUGAAAAAAAGACAGAAUGAAAUAAUGAACGAAACUCUCUAUGGUUAUUUGGCUGUGAUGCUGCCUUGAAAGCAGAGCUCUUAACUCUCCUCUAGGUACUUAUUACAAUUAUUUAAAAAAAAAAAAAAAAGUGAAAAAAAAAAAAAAACACCCAGAAUGGCAGAAGACUUUCAAGUCAUCACUUGUUACCAAAGCGAACAGUUAAAAACAAAUGAGGCUGAGGCUAUAUCAGGCUCAGUGUCAGGAAUACUCUAGAAGCAUAAAUCAAACGUGCCUGUCUGAACCUUUAUUGUGUAAUUAUUUUUUUUUUUUUUUGGUGCCCCUGCGUGGUCCAGGUGAUGGACUCCGACCCUCAGCACGACACGUGCAGUUUCCUCCUCAUGCUGGCGACACGAAAACACUGUAUCAUUGAACUCAGCCACUAGGACUUUAACAUGGAAAUGCUGACAUUUUGACUGAAAAAAACCAUGAAUAUUUACUUCUGCAUCAUUUUCGGAUGCUUUAUUUUUUUUUUUACUCACCUGCCUUUAGUUUUAGUUUCCUUUGUUAUACAUUUUUGUGUGUUCAUGAGGUUUUUUUUUUCUUUCCUCCUCAGGAAUGCAAAGUUGCCAUUUGUUUUUCCUCUUGUAAACUGUUAAAAGCAUUAAGUAUGGAGAACAGAGAAGAAACACUGUUCUAAUGAAGGGAUCUUACUUCUUUUAUUUCUUUUUAUAAGUUUAAAUCACUUUUUCUCUCUCUCAUAUAUAUAUAUGUGUGUGUGUGUAUGUAUGUGUGUGUAUAUAUAUAUAUAUAUAUAUAUAUAUAUAUAUAUAUAUAUAUAUAUAUAUAAAAUGUGUGUGUCAGGUCUAUAAUUAUUUGGUCAUUGACAAAGUUACUGUUAUUUUAACUGUCUACCACAGAAAUUAAAUAAUAUUAUACUUUAAUUUGAGGGAAUUUACAUCCAGAUUGGGUCAAUGGUGUAGGAAUUCUAUCACUUUUAUGGGACCAAAGGUCAUUGGACAAACACAUAAAUUAAAUUGUCAUUUUUAAUACUUGGUAAUGAAUCCUUUGCAGUGAAUCACUAACUGAAGUCUGGAACUCAUAGACAUCACCAGAUGCUGGGUUUCUUCCCUGGUGAUGAUCUGCCAUUUCUUUACUCCAGCUUUCUUCACUUCCUGUUUGUUCUUGGGGCGUUUGUCCUUCAAUUUUACCUUCAGCAAGUGAAAUGGAGCUCAGCUUGAUUCAGGUCAGGUGAUUGACUUGGCCAUUGCAGAGCAUUCCACUUCUUUGCCUUAAAAACUUUUGGGUUGCUUUUGAAGUACGCUUUAGGCCAUUGUCCAUCUGCACUGUGAAGCUCCGUCCAAUGAGUGUUGAAGCAUUUGCCUGAAUGUGAGCAGAUAAUAUCGCCCUGUACGCUUCAGUAUCUGUCCUGCUGCUUUUGUCAUCAGUCACAUUAGUAAAUUCAAGAGAAGCAGCUCCACUGACAGCCGUACACACCACAAGAUGAGGUGGUGUACUCCAAAUGCAAAUGUCGCACUUGAAAUCAUCUCUAGACCUUUUAUCUGCUUACUGGUAAGUGAAAUAAUGAGGGAAUAACCAACAUCUGGCCAUGGAACAGCAGAGCAGUCAAUUGUCCAAUUACUUUUGGCGGACCAUGUAUAUAUAUAUAUAUAUAUAUAUUACACCCAAUUUGGAUGUAAAGUCACUCAAAGCUGGAAGUCUGCAUUUUGAACUCAUUCAUUUAAAAAAAUAACAAUAACGUCCAAAUGCUUAUGGACCUGACUGUAUAUGACACAAAUGUGCACACACAUAUAUUUCUUUCUUCACGGUUUCUCAGGAUUCAUGCAAAAUGAUUGUCCUGUUUGGACAGUUUAAAGUUUAAAGGAAGUGAUUUCAGACACCUUGUCAAUUUUCAGUUCAGAUGUUGGGAAAGACAUGGGCAUUUGUGGCUUUGUUCUGGUGUGAAGAAGCUGAAGUUCAGUCACAUAAAAGAAGAUUGCAGAUAGUGAGCACUAUCAGCUCCCCCAAACCCAAAGUAUUAUUUUCUGUUUCGAUACAAAACAGCGUCUGAGAUGAAUGAAAAUUGAUGUGUGUAAUAGGCAAGUUGUUUUUGUGGAGUGCCUAUUUUAUUUGAAGCAUACACUUUCUUUUGUUAAAUCACACUGCAGACACAUACUUUUUUCUUUUGUUUUAUUUUUUUUAUUUAUUUAUUUUUAUUUUUUUUUAGUAAUCUUUGCCAAACAUGCAAGCAGGCCAGUGAAUCAAUUUGAAGUGAUCCAGGGUUUCACCUCAAAAAGAAAAGCUGUACACUUUUUAUAUUUUCGUAUUCUUCACCAUAAGGCAGGUUUAAUACUAAUAGCUCUAUAUAUUUUUCUCUAAAGCAAGAACUCUAGGCAUUCCACUAGAAUAAAGAACAGGAAGGGGAGACUGACAUGCUGCUCUCCUCAUUGCAUUUUGUUUGGAGAGGAAAGUUCUCAAGUAGGCAGUGUACAUCAAGCUAUAUUUAAAGAAAAAAGAAACAAAAAAAGAGAAAUGAACUAUAAAUGUGCACAUUUUACUACCAAACAAGUGUUUAAUCUCUGCACAGAAAGAGUAUCUGCAUAUAUAAAUAUAUAUAAAAUAUAUAUUAUAUAUUUUUUAAUUAAUCAACUGAAUGCGUCUGUUUUCUACAUACAGCUGACAUUGUACAUUAAGAAUCUGUAAUUAUCAUCCUGUUUCCAGAGUUUUUAAUCUAAUACUAUUUACAGAUGUGGAUAUGUUUGGGUGUGAUGUUAUUAUUUUAAUAAUAAUUUGGGGUGCGUUGUCUUUGUGUUUCUGUGCGUAACCACUCUGCUGAGAACCUUUUUUUCCUCUAAAGCUGGAUGCUGUGAGUCAGCUAGCUGCAGUGCCAAACGCCUCCUCGUCUCCCUGUUCUCCUCUCUCUCUCUCUCUCUCUCUCUCUCACUUAUUCUCUGUCCCUUCCACUGCCAGUCGCUUUGUCAUACACUUUGGCCUUAAUUAGUUUUGGGAGUUGAGGGUUGCUACCAAACAACUGGUUCAUUUGUUCUUUCUUUCUUUUUUUUCUUUUUCUUCCUUCCUUCCUUACUUCCUACCUUACUUACUUUAUUUCCUGUUCAUCUGUCAUCACCAGGAAUCCAGCGCCUUCUGUUCACUUCAGUGCUUUGUGCCAUUAAAUAUUUCUCCUCAUUUCUAUAUUUUUUUUUUCACUGCAAUGCCCUCAAACCUUUUUCUUGUCCUCGUUACAUUUAGAAACACUUUUUAUGUAGCAAGUAAGAUAGCAGUGUCUGAUGUAUCCAUUUCAGCCUUUUCAUCCCUUUCAGCCUUUUCACCCCACAUUCCCCCCCACCCCCCCACACACACACACACUGUUAUUUAUAUCUGUCCAUAAAGAAUACCAUCCCUGAAAAUAUUUUUAAUGUCAGUGUCAUUCCUUUGAAUGAACAUUAUAAACAUUAUAAAAUGUU